CAAACAAUACUCAGUACACAUUGGAUUUAGAAGUUAAUGGCGCCAAAAUGUGUAUAGGCCUAUACCUAGUAGUUUUGUUAGUACCGAGCAAUGAGACAUUUUAUGAGCAAUGGAUUUCCAAAGCUUAUUUACAUCCGUAGGCGACCAGAAUCGGUGUGAAGGGGAAGACCUUGUUCCAGGAAGGAAGUUUGGCGUCAAGUAUCCCUCAGUUACUAGGAGGAAAUCCUCCAUGGAUUAUGUAGAUGGUGAUGGAAAUGAUAGUCUACUAUUAUCUCAAGAUUUUAAUUGGGAGGAACAUAAACCACCUGUUGUGCCUGAAACAGAGAAUCAUGAUUCUUUUUACAACACUCUUGUUAAUGAUUUCAAGGUGCCUAGAGGGAUAAUUCCUAUCAGUAAUUUUAAAAGCAGGCUUGAGAUUCAAGGGCUUAUGCAUCCUGAUGACUGGAUGAAUAAGUGCAAAAAGAGGAAAAAAGCAAAGGAAAGCAAGGAAGUCACUCGCAAAGGUGAACCACAGGACAUUACAACUCUCAUAAAGAAUAAGCACCAGUUGAUGUAUGGUGAUGACACCCAGCCAUCACAGCCAAUAGAACAAAACCAGAAUUCCCAACACCUGCCAACAUUGAACUCUAUCAAUUAUGGAGCAGGUGUGGCCAGACACAGCCUUAUGGUGAAUGGGACAGACAUUAAUUCUACUUCAAACUUGACAAAGUUUAAUGAGACCCCUUUUUUUAAUCUUUCUCAUAAUUAUUCUUCCAAACCAUUAAUGGCUCUCCCUUUCAAUUUGGGAUACAAUUCAAGCAGUCCCUCUAUGUAUCCACGUUUUCCAAGUAUUACAUCAGGGCUCCCAGAAGGAAUUUUGGAAGUGCUGCAUUCCACUGAAUGUAAGACAAAAAACGAUUCGACUGUCUUCAGGUCUAUGAUUAGUAAUGAUGACCAUGACGCACCAGAUGAUAGUGCUAGAAGUAAUUUUGUUUGCCAGAGAAAUGAGGUGUCAGGGACAUUAAUUCCCCUAGAUUUAGAUGUACUUGAGGAUAUUCCUAGUAAUGGUAGUCACAGAUGCCAUCCAGAAACCUUCCAGCAUUUAAGUGGUGUUUGUGGAUCCCUUAGCAAUAGAGGUUUGGUAUCAUUAGAUGACUGUGACCAGAUAUAUGAUAAUGAUUUUUCAAUUGCAAAUAACCUCUCAGCAUGGGAAGACCAAGAAAGAAUGCAGAACCCUUCCAAGGAUAUCACUAAUUAUAGUGAUAGGGAGGUUUAUAAGGCUGGUCUAGAAUCACUUCAUGAUGAUAGAAAGGAUUUGACAAAAUCAGAAAACUAUUGCCAUACAAGUUUUAUGUCAGGUUCAUAUUCUCCAGUGCUUGGAUCAUCUUUCUAUUUAACUAAAAGAAAACAUUAUUCAAGAUCAGUCAGAUCAGCUUUAAAUGCUAUGAAAGAAAAUACAGUCAACUUUUAUAAUGACGAUUCAUCAUUUAUUCAUGGAGAAAAUAAUUCCUUGUCAAGACCUCUUAAUCCAUCUUGUAACAGCUUUGUAAAAUCUCCCAUUCAGCUUAAAAACACUUUAGGGAAAGUUUCUUUCGAUGAUGAUCAUGAAGUUGAAUUUUAUUUGCAAAAGAAUGGAGAUGUGAAGGAUUCAUUUAACUAUAUUCCAGCAACUUUUGAUAAGCAACAGACAUGCCAUUCACCUGAUCUCUUUGCAUCUCAGGACCCUCUGUUUUAUAACCAUGAUGUGAAUGGGAGGGACGUCUUUGUGAAGGAUGAUGCAGAUGAGUUGUUCUCUAAUAGCCAGUCAGGAAAUAUUACACACUACCAAAGUGCAUCAGAUGACACAUGUGAUGAAUGUUUUCCUGGCAAUCAAGCAGCUCUCCAAGGAAUCGAUGUGGAUAAAUCUAUCAAUGACUUUAACACAAUUGACAAAAACAAUAUAAAGCUUGAUGAAAACAUUAACCUGGCUGAUGGUAAUACUCCUCCAGAUUCAGCCACAGAAUUUUCACCAAAAUUCUCUAUUAUGCAUACCGAGGAUGCUUAUCGUUCUGAGAAAGGUGUAGUACGUGUCAGUACUCUAGAAGGCGAAAUGAUCAUUAAUCCAGAACAUUGGAGAUUGGCUCACAAGUUUACUGGCUUAUUUGGUCGAAAAGCUGAACUUCUCUCUCAGAACAUCAUUAUAACCCCAGGAAAUAAUGAAAUUGAUAAGCCUCGCAGGGUGACAACAACAGAAGAACUUCUGGAGCUUUACACAAGCUCUUGAUUAUCUUACAGCACUUCUCAAGAAAUUUAGUCCUUUAUUAGAGUAAUUAUUUAUUUAUUUACAUAUAUAUUUUGUGCAUUUUAUAAGGUUAUGUGUAAUUUAUGAUUUUUCAUUUUGUUUCCUAAUUAGGAAGUCUACCAUUCAGGCUUACUAGACUAUAUUCACUGGAUACUUCAAUUUUAUUCAUAUUCAGACAAUUUGCCUCCUAACUUGACACAGUUGGGAGGUAUAAUGAAACGGGCAGUGUUUUAAAUUAUAAUAGCACAUCUUGAAACUUGUGGUUGAGGAUUACUUCAUAAAGAAUGUAGAUGGAGGAAGCUUGAGUUUACCUACUUGUGCAUUUUAACAUUUGAAUCAGGCAGUUUGGAUUUACUUUACACAUUUUAGUCAUUUUUAACAGAGGUUAUACUGUCUGACUUGACACAACAAAUGUAAUUGACCUUUAUACCUGGCAUUUACUUAGUGUUUAUUUGAAUAAAUUUUGUCAUGAGAAUGUAUGGAAAAAUAGUAGCAAGUGUUCAAACAUUUAGUAGCAGCAAUUUUUCUUGUUAGGAAUUUGAUAAAUUGAAUGUAUUUUGAUUACUGAAUUGCUUGGUAAUACAAGUCAUGAUAUAUAUUACUCAGGCUCAUUACAUUAUCUUGAAUUCUUGAUUAUGCUAUUGAUUUUUAUUUUUUUUACUAAUGCCUAAUGUAUUUCCCCUCUGGCAUUGUUUUGCAGUUUACUUAUACUAUUUAUGUUUUCUGUACUAUUACAGUACUGUGUACAAUUAGUCUUUCCCGUUGAAAUGUCAAGAGAUGAAAACUUGUCAAACAAGCAGUAUUUGACUCAUCAAAAGUUAUGAAUUUUAAGACUUUGUCAUGACAGUCGUGCCUUUGGAUUUUGAGGAAAUUAGUUUCUAAGUUAUAUAUAAGUUUUCUGUUUUUUGUGACCUGAUAUAAAUGAAUUUUUAUAACGUCCAUCUAGUAUGUCAUUCAUUAAACAUUUUUGGACCUUUGA